AUGAAAUAUAUGACACUAAAAUUCUGAUGGCUUUCGAUUAGACAUUGGAGAAAAAACAAAAUAAAAAUCUAUUUGCUUCAGCAACUUAUUAUGCAUCUUUCAUUUAAAUUUUAUACUGAUUUUUGUAUUGCAUAUGUUGAGUCUGCAUUGAUAAAUUGAACAAUAUAUAUUAAUAAGAUAAAAUCAAUUAUAGAAGAAAAAAUGAAUUUUCAAGAUUUCAAUAUGAUUUAA